GAGAUACAGAAAGCUUCCUCCUGGUUGGAGAGCUGCUUCCUGUACCGGAUUCUUUUUUUUUUUUCUUUCCCCCUGCAAAAUUUCUAAAAGUGUUCAUAGGGAAUUUUGAGCGCAAGUCGGGCCUUCGAAAGCACAGCUUUUGGGAUGAUUUAAUCCUGCAACCCCUGGGUGAAAAAGAGGGAGCCGCUGUGCUGGGACAGAGGCCUAAAAGCUGUCAUCUGUCCGAAGACGCGAACCGGAUCCCGAGCCGAGUCAGGCUCCAGGGUGAACUGGGAGAAACAUUACAGUCAUGACUUGGGCUCAAAGCUUCUUCCAGGUCGUACACUAGAGCAUUUUGCUGGUAAAGAGGUUUUGCGUUCGACCAAUGUUUACCUGUUUGUGUAGGAGCAGCUUCUCUGGUCUUCUUGUCCUCCGCCUGCUUGCCUGACUAUGGCAGACUCGACUAACUAAGCCUUCCGAACUGAUAGUGGAGAAUAUUGUAUCAUUGGAAGGGAAUUAACUCGCUGUCGUUGCUUUUCUCGGUAAAAGAAAAGAUCUUGUAGUCAAUCAUGGCUCCGAAGAAACCCCGACCAGGCCCAUUGAACAUAACACCUACAGGAGAGGGACAGCCGUCCACCAACGCUGAUACUGCAUCAGAAGCGAAUCUGGAAGCCUUGCAGAAGAAGCUCGGGGAGCUGGACCUGGAUGAGCAGCAGAGGAAGCGUCUCGAAGCCUUCCUCACCCAGAAGGCUCAGGUGGGUGAGCUGAAGGAUGACGACUUUGAGUCCAUCUGUGAGCUGGGUGCUGGGAACGGAGGAGUGGUCCACAAAGUGUGCCACAAACCCUCCGGACUGGUUAUGGCUAGAAAGCUUAUUCAUUUGGAAAUCAAGCCAGCUAUCAGGAACCAGAUUAUCCGUGAGCUGCAGGUGCUGCACGAGUGUAACUCGCCCUACAUAGUGGGCUUCUAUGGGGCUUUCUACAGUGAUGGGGAGAUCAGUAUCUGUAUGGAGCAUAUGGAUGGAGGCUCGCUGGAUCAGGUGCUAAAAGAAGCUAGAAGAAUUCCAGAGGAAAUUCUGGGGAAAGUUAGUAUUGCAGUACUCAGAGGACUUGCCUAUCUACGGGAGAAGCACCAAAUUAUGCACAGAGACGUGAAGCCCUCCAACAUCCUGGUGAACUCGCGCGGUGAAAUCAAGCUGUGCGACUUUGGCGUGAGCGGCCAGCUCAUCGACUCCAUGGCCAAUUCCUUUGUGGGAACGCGCUCGUACAUGUCGCCGGAGAGGCUCCAGGGCACUCACUAUUCUGUGCAGUCGGAUGUGUGGAGCAUGGGCCUGUCACUGGUAGAGCUGGCUAUUGGCCGCUACCCCAUACCCCCGCCUGACGCUAAGGAGCUGGAGGCCAUCUUUGGGCGACCUGUGCUAGAUGGAACAGGGACAGAGGGACACAGCACGUCCCCAAGACCCAGGCCUCCAGGACGCCCCAUUAGUGGACAUGGAAUGGACAGCAGGCCGGCCAUGGCUAUAUUUGAGCUACUGGACUACAUUGUCAAUGAGCCCCCACCUAAGCUGCCACAUGGUGUAUUUACCUCAGACUUCCAGGAGUUUGUGACAAAAUGCCUCAUCAAGAACCCCGCUGACAGAGCUGACCUGAAGAUGUUAAUGGGCCACACGUUUAUUAAGCGUGCAGAAGUGGAUGAGGUGGACUUUGCUGGCUGGUUGUGCAGAACCAUGGGUCUGAAUCAGCCAAGCACUCCCACUCGCACCUCUGAAUGAACUCCCGUCCAGCCAUGCACACUGUCCCUGUCACCCUGUCUGCACCUUCCUGUUCUCCCCUCUGUUCUUUUUCCCUGCUUGUUAAGCCUGGCCAACUCACUUCUCCUUGUUCCUCCUCACUUACUGUAUCAUUGCAACAGGACUUUCUGCAGGUACUGGUUUAUUAGAGGUCGUGUUUGUCAUCGGUACAACUGUCCGUUUUAAUUGAAUUUAGGUUCAAACAUGCUUUGCCUUGCAUUAACAGCGUAUUUAAGAUCUCCGAGCAGUUAUUCUGGAAUGUUUCAGGUAUGGCAUUAGAGCACUGGGUGUAUACUGUAUCAUGCAUAUUUUUACUAUGAUUUUUCAGGUGUCUCAUUUUGCACUCCGGUUUAAAUGCUACGCAGUGAUCGUGUGAGUGUCCCUGCAUAAAAACUGGCCUAAUGCAUAAAAUCUGGUCAAAUUCUGUUCCAGAAGAUACAGUUCUAUUCUACUCUAUCUUGUGUCGAACAGUUUUAAACCAAAGAGGGCUACUGCAAAUUACACUGAUUUUUAUUAUUAUUAUUUUUUAAUUUAUGGGCUGGAUAAUGUCUAUAAAGAUGAAGCUGAUUUUGCUACUCCUACAUGCAUCUAUGGUGAUGCAAAGUCUGAGACAUUGCAAGACCAGGAUGUUUGACAACAUAUCAGUCAUUGAUUCUUUUACAUUUAGAGAUUUAAACAGCUUCUGGCAUCCUCUGCCUUAAAAUUGUUGAUUUUCAAAGAAAAUGAAGUAUAUCCACUGUAAAACAAUAUUAUAACUAUUCCAAAAUGAGGAACUGGAGCUCAUCUGUAUUUUAUUGCAGAAAGAAACUUGUCUUUCUGUCUGCAGUAAAAGAGAACACAUUUACUGUCACCAGCUAUUUCUAUAUUAUACAGAGGGGCACUUUUUUUCUUUUUUCCUUCCUUAAAUCCUUUUUUAAAUGGCUGUAUCUGAUGCUUAGGUUUGUCAUCUGAAUUCUUUAUAAUGCUGUAACUUUUUUCACCGUGUGGUAUUUUGGGGAAGACAUUUUUAUUCUUUGAUGUCGUCCCCUGCCCCCCCCCCCCCCCCCCCACACACACACACACACACAACCUACACACAGAGAGAAAUUUUCGCUAUAUAAAUGAACCAGGAUUGGACUCCAAGUUACAGCUGACAAUCCAAACAUUGGAAUGUGCACAGACUACAUCCUCAACAAGCUCUGUUUAAUACAAGUUAAUAAAGAAUUUGCAUAGUACACAGUUCACGAAGUUGUGAUAAAUGUGACCUACUAUGCAAUCAAAUGUAAAUUUGCGUAAAAGCACAGAGUUAGUGGAUGACUGAGGUGAGGUAAGGUAAGCGCGUAGGGCCAUUGGCUGCUGACAGGGCUUGGCUGUGUGUCCUUUACCUUCUUUUCAAUAUUCAGUUUCUUGAAAAUACUGUGGGGCAUAGUAUAGGCAUAUAAAUAGUUUUUUUUUUUUUUUUGAGAAACCGAAUAUAAUGUUGGACCUAUAUUGCAAUCAUACCUGACAUUCACCUCCAAACAAAUGAAUGCAGAUGCACAUGUGUAUAAAUAUAUAUACGGUACUGCUGGUACUGUGUCAUAGUCUUAAAAAAAAAAAAGCCGCCUUUGGUUCUUUUUUUUCCAUUCAUGUAGGAAAAAUUGGAGUCAUUUUAUUAAUAUUAUAAUAUGAAAUUUGUUGAAUACAAUUCUAAUACAUGAAUAAAAUCUUAUUUGUGAAUCAAA